AUCUACUUUUUCAUACACACACUCUCUCUCUCUCUCUCUCUCUCUCUCUCUCUCUCUCUCUCUCUCUCUCUCUCUCUCUCUCUCUCUCGAGACAUUUGAAGAUCAAAACCAGAAAGAUCCUAACCACAGUUUUUCUUUCUCGAGCUACCUACAAUUGCAUUAUUCUUCUCUUGAUCAUUUACAUAAACAAGUGUAAAAGCUACAAUCUCCACCGUCCGGGGAUCACCAAGACAUAAAAAUGGGAGAAACACCAAGGUUACAACUCGGGGUAAUUGGUGCUCUAGCACUUUCAGUUACAUCUUCUGUUGCUAUCGUAAUAUGCAACAAAGCUCUAAUGAGUAAUCUCGGAUUUCCAUUCGCUACAACAUUAACUAGUUGGCAUCUAAUGGUUACAUUUUGCACACUUCAUGUGGCACAAAGAUUCAAUGUUUUUGAGACCAAGGUGGUCGACACCAAAACUGUGAUGCUUUUCGGUAUCCUAAAUGGCGUGUCUAUUGGACUUCUCAAUUUAAGUCUUGGAUUCAAUUCCAUUGGAUUCUACCAAAUGACAAAACUUGCAAUUAUACCCUUUACAGUACUGUUGGAAACCCUGUUUCUCAAGAAGCAGUUCAGUCAGAAUAUCAAGUUCUCUCUUUCUCUAUUGCUACUCGGAGUUGGCAUUGCGUCGAUAACAGAUCUCCAGCUUAAUCUUGUCGGAUCAAUUAUCUCUCUACUCGCGAUCGCUACAACAUGUGUCGGCCAAAUUCUGACCAACACCAUACAGAAGAGACUUAAUGUAUCGUCUACACAACUACUCUACCAAUCUGCCCCAUUUCAAGCUGGCAUACUCUUUGUUUCCGGCCCUCUAGUUGAUCAAUGCCUCACCAAACAAAAUGUCUUUGCCUACAAAUACUCUCCUUUCGUCUUGGCAUUUAUUAUUCUUUCGUGUGUGAUUUCCGUAUCGGUGAACUUUAGUACAUUUUUGGUGAUCGGAAAGACAUCCCCUGUUACAUAUCAAGUUUUGGGUCAUUUGAAGACAUGCCUUGUCCUAGGAUUCGGCUACACAUUACUACACGAUCCUUUCACAAACCGAAAUAUCAUCGGUAUUUUAGUCGCUAUGUUUGGGAUGGGGUUGUACUCUUACUUUUGUACUCAUGAAAAUAAAAAGAAACAGAUUAAUGAUCUCUCCAUCUCUCAGAUUAAAGAGACAACACCAUUUUUAGGGAAUAAAAACAUGGGGCACCAAGAUAUGGAAGAGGUGAAAAAACCAAACAAGGAUUCUCUUGUUUAAUAUACGCGCCUACUAGCUAGUUAUGUCUAUGUAUUCAUGGGUAUAUCGAGGAGCAUAAAACAAACAAGACCUUCCUUACCUCUUUUGAGAUACAUUAUUUUUCCUUUUUUUGGAUUUAAAAUGAGUGUAAAUGAUUUGAUAAUUCUUUCAAAUAAAGUUUUAUAUAAUUUCUUGCGGUUCUAUAUAAAGUAUUAAUGAUUUGACAUUGUUACCUCGCAACAAUGUCAUUGUCACGUGCUAAAUAGGAGACUUAAUGUUGAUUGUGGUUUUUAAUUCAGGGAUAAAACUGUAAAACUAUAUAUUUAUGUGCCUUCGUUCUAUAAAGAAGCAGAGACAUUUAAAGUUGA